CGCAGGAGGCACAAAUUAUCACAUUUUCAUUCGCCGUGUCAUUUUUAUUUCUCAGUUUUGCGGUCUUGUUACUUGUUGGUGUCAGUUUCCUGUUCCUAAUUAAUAACACGAACCAAAUAAUAAGCAGCCGAUGCGGUGUAAAAAUAUUACUCCUUAAACAGUCGUUCUGCUGCAUUAUUUUGAUAUUUGUUAAUUUUCCGUAGUAAAGUCAAAAUGGAGGCACUUUCAAAUGUACUGCAGCCUUACAAGGACCUGGUGGGGGCUGUAGCGGCAGUCGUGACCAUCGGUCAGAUGUUCUCCGGCUCCUUCCUCUGUUGGGAUGUUUACAAACAGGGGCACACACGCGGUGUAUCAGCUACACCCUUCCUCGGUGGUCUUGUCAUGGGUAUAAUCAAUUUAAAAUACGGUUUGAUUCUUCGUGACGACACUAUGAUCCAAGUCAACUUAUUUGGUCUAGCUUUGAAUAUUGUUUACGUGAUGAUAUACUUUAACUAUAGUCAAGAGAAAGUCAAAGUUUGGGGGCAAAUCGGGUUAGCGGGAGCAUUAUCCGCAGUACUAAUAGGAUAUGCCCAAUAUGAGGAUCCUAAAUUGGUAGAAAAUAGAUUGGGGCUUAUCAUUACGGCAUUUAUGUUCGUUUUGAUCGCUUCUCCGCUUUUCGGAUUGAAAGAUAUAAUAAAAAAUCAAAGCACGGAGGGCAUGCCUUUCCCUAUCAUACUGUCUGGUUCACUGGUGACCUUCAUGUGGCUAUUGUAUGGAAUCAUAAUCAAGAACCAGUUUGUUGUCAUACAAAAUGUGGUUGGAUUAAUUUUGUGCGGGAUACAAUUAUCAUUGUUUGUAAUCUACCCCUCGAAACCGAAAGAUAAGCAGGCGAAAUCUAAAGCAAAAAAGGCCGAUUAGAAUAAAUAAUAUUAAGGUACUUAGUAUUAAUCACCGUAAGUUUUUCAUGAAGUGAUCAAAAAGCUAAGAGAAAUCAAUUGGCUAAGCCAUAUAGAUUUUAAUUAUUGUUAUUGGGAUAAGAUCAUCUAAUGAUGUAUUUAAAGCAAUACGUUGUUAGUCAGUUUCAUGGAUUUAAUAUUUGUAUUUUUUAACUGGCUGUGAGCAACCAUGUUAAUUAUGUAAUUAAAAUUUUGCCACUGCUUAGUAAAAAUUUUAUGUGACUAUAAAUGAUAAGCGUUCACUAUUUACAUACCUUAAAAUCAAUUUCUACCAUAAACAACUCUUAACAUUCCAAUUCUAAACUAUUUAUAGUUUAUUAUGGCAUUUCCUGUUUCGUAUAUUAUAAAAACGAUGUUAUAUGUUAUCUCAGAUAUAUGUAUUCGUAUUGAAAUAAGUGUGAAAUGUGUUAUCUACCUAAGUCUACGUAAUAACCCUGACCUUGCGAUUACUUCGUAAUGACACAAUCAUUGAAUUACACUAGUAACAAUUUAUUUUUUGUUAGCUUCGUAUGCAUCAUAAACAAAACUUAGUUAUAUAUUAGUGUUCAUUGGAUUAGGGACACAUAAAAAAUAAUGUGUUAAAUACUGAUAAUUUUAAAAAUUUGACAUGGAUAUAGAAAAAAACCGAAACUCAUCUACAUAUUUUUUUAUGUAGACAAUAUUUCCUCAUAUCUCUAAACAGGUGGACACCUUAGUAAAGGAAUUUUUAUAUAUUUAGUAAAGGUUUUUUAAUGGUUAAGAAGAGUGAGUGAAUUAUUAUAUUAAAAUCAAUUUGAUUGCUUGUUUUUUAUCUGUAAAUAACGUGACCAUUUUGAUAAAGAUCACGUUACAACUGAUUGUGAUAGUAAUAUUAUAUGUACUGAUUAAUAAAGCUAUUUUUAUCCUUUCAAA